CCAAUAGAGGCGGUCGAGUAUUUGAAGGGGGAGCAGUUUUCCAUUUCAGUAGCCAAACGCCGGAAUGCCGCCGAGGACGAAGAGGCUAUCGCUCGAAGACUACCUCCGUUUCAUCGACACUCACAGGCAAAUCAACUUCAAGCUAGACCUUCUCAAUCAGGUCAUCGCCAUGCACGGAUUCAGAAAAGCCAGCCACACUACGAAGAAGGUUCUGGUCGAAGCUGUGAACUCCAUCGACCUAAUGAAUCCUUGUCGCUCCACUCUCGACGACGAAAACGUCUCUUCGUGCGCUUUCAUGACUCUUGAGGAAGCGAUCAACGACCUUAACAACCUCAACUGGCAAGAAUGCUGCGUCACUUCCAUCCAGACUCUGAAUUCGGUGAAUCAUGAUUCUUCGGUCCUCCAUCAAAAAGAUGAGAUUUCGUCUUCCAAAUCGAGGAAGCGUCCGAAGUUGCUGGCAGUGCGAGGCGACUCCUCAGAGGCAGCGCACGGCGGAGGCAAUAAGACCACGCCGAAGACUAUCGAGGACACUGAUCUCGGCGCUAGUGGCCGCGAGAUAUCAUUCGGAGUUCUUGAUUAGAUUAAUCAGGUUCAACCAUAUUAUCAAGUCGAUGUCAUACAUAGUUUAUUGAUUUGGAUCCCAUGUUUAUUCUAACAAAUUGCUCGUACUGAAUGCAUGCUCCUAGAGAGGUAAUUUAUACAUGCCCGGUUGAUCAACAGGAGGUUGAGGAUAAGCAAAUUCCUAGUAGGUAUGUGGACUAGAAAGACAGCAUGAUUAAAAAGGGAACAAGCUCAGCAGAAACAACACUGAUGGGGAGAACCAGCGGAUCGAUCUUACUGAACUGUAAUUAGAAUGUAGUGAGUUUUGAGCGGUUAUAAAGUGUGCUUGCUUGGAGUUUUGUUGAAGUAGUUGGUUUAACUGUUGAUAUGGAGUGGUUACAUCCAGUUGCUUAAUUAGGUGGAUGUAGUUAGGACCAAACCUUUUAACAUUUUGAUUACAAAUAGUUAGAAUUCAUUU